GGUCAACUCACUCUUUAAUAAAUACCUCUAACCCAUCAUAACCCAAAUUAAGUAGCCUUCCUUUUUUUUCUCAAAAAAAAAAAUAAAACUCGUUAAAUCCUUUCUACAUUUCUUCUCCAAAAAAAAAAACCUAAACAUCGUAGAUUUUUUGAAAUGCAUCCGGGUAAUGUAUGGGGCGGAUCGCUGGACGCAGUAGACAGCGACCGUGCCGCGGCAGACGAGGAAGAGCGGACGAGGAACAUGACGGACUGGGACAAAGGAUCUAUCCACUCACAGAGGCAUGAAUUAGACGAGACGCAACAAGGCUGGUUACUUGCACCACAAGAUAGUUGGAGGAAGAAGAAGAAGAAAUAUGUAAACCUAGGUUGUGUUUCCGUGAGCCGCACGGUUUGUAUGUGGACCGUUGGAGCUAUUGCUGUCUUGUUCAUCGUCGUUGCUCUCCCGAUCAUCAUCGUCAAGUCGUUGCCUCGUCAUAAGUCUAUCCCUCCUCCUCCUGAUAAUUACACGCUUGCCCUUCACAAGGCGAUUAAGUUUUUCGAUGCCCAGAAAUCGGGUAAACUGCCGAAGAAAGAUAAGGUUUCGUGGAGGGGAGAUUCGGGGUUGAAGGAUGGGUUGCCGGACGUGGUCGGAGGAUUGGUCGGAGGGUACUACGACGGGGGAAGCAACGGCAAGUUUCAUUUUCCGAUGGCAUUCUCAAUGACAAUGCUAAGUUGGAGUCUCAUUGAGUAUAGCCACAAAUACAAAGCCAUCGAUGAGUAUGAUCACAUGAGAGAUGUUCUCAAAUGGGGCACUGAUUAUCUUCUUCUCACUUUCAACAAUUCUGCUACUCGCCUUGAUAAAAUCUACACUCAGGUUGGUGGAGGACUAAGAGACUCAGAAUCUCCAGAUGAUAUUUACUGUUGGCAAAGACCAGAAGACAUGUCCUACGACCGUCCUGUGCUCUCCUCCACUUCCGCUGCCGACCUUGGCGCUGAAGUUGCUGCGGCCUUAUCCGCUGCCUCUAUCGUAUUCACAGAUAAACCGGACUACGCCAAAAAGCUCAAAAGAGGCGCAGAAACACUGUAUCCCUUCUUUAGAAGCAAGUCUAGACGUAAGCGCUACUCUGAUGGACAGCCAACCGCUCAAGCCUUCUACAACUCAACCAGUAUGUUCGACGAGUUCAUGUGGGCUGGUGCGUGGCUUUACUACGCCACUGGAAACAAGACUUACAUACAAUACGCCACCACACCGAGUGUACCUCAAACGGCAAAAGCUUUUGCUAAUCGACCGGAGUUGAUGGUACCGAGCUGGAAUAACAAAUUACCUGGAGCGAUGUUGUUGAUGACUCGGUAUAGAUUGUUCUUGAACCCUGGUUUUCCUUACGAGAACAUGCUCAAUAGGUACCAUAAUGCUACGGGUGUUACUAUGUGCGCUUAUCUCAAGCAGUACAAUGUUUUUAACCGGACUUCAGGAGGGCUUGUACAACUCAACAUGGGGAAACCAAGACCACUUGAAUAUGUGGCUCAUGCUUCCUUCUUAGCUUCCUUGUUUGCGGAUUAUCUUAACUCAACUGGAGUUCCUGGAUGGUACUGUGGCCCUACGUUUGUAGAGAAUCAUGUUCUCAAGGAUUUUGCUCACUCUCAGAUUGAUUACAUUCUUGGAGACAACCCUUUGAAAAUGAGCUAUGUGGUUGGGUUCGGCAAGAAGUAUCCAAGACGCGUUCACCACCGAGGAGCUACGAUCCCAAACGACAAGAAGAGAAGAAGCUGUAGGGAAGGAUUGAAGUAUAGAGACACGAAGAAUCCAAACCCAAAUAACAUCACAGGAGCUAUGGUCGGUGGACCAAACAAAUUCGAUCAGUUCCAUGACUUGCGAAACAAUUAUAACGCGAGCGAGCCUACUCUCUCCGGAAACGCAGGCCUCGUGGCUGCUCUCAUUUCUUUAACUAGCAGUGGGGGAGACAGAAUCGAUAAGAACACGAUGUUCAAUAGUGUUCCUCCUCUCUACCCUCCUGCCCCACCACCUCCCAAAGCCUGGAAGCCUUGAGAAAUAUUUCAUCUACGUCACUGAGUUUAAAUUAUAUAUGUUACAUUCAAUCUUUUUUGUCAUUUGGUUACAUAAAUA